AUGACUAAAUGUGUCUUACACAUGCAGAAAAAUGCCACAUUGUGCAAGACUGAUGAGGUGUAGUAGGGCGGGGUGACCCGGAGUGCCUCCUACUGCAAGGGGCGCACAACGUAUAUAAAACUCAGAACCUGCAGGGAGCAGGCAGAGACAAGGAGAAGAUCUGCAAGGAUGGCAGGACAGACAAGGAGAUUUGCCAGCAAUGGGCUCCUUUUGCUGUUGGUCCUUAUGGGUCUUCAUCAAGGAUCAUCUGCAUCAGCGCUAUCAUGUGGCCGUCAAAGGCCCAUUACCCGGAUGGCAGGUGGGGUGAGUGCCCAGCGUGGCGAGUGGCCGUGGCAAGUCAGCCUCCAGUACCGCGGAGAGCACUUUUGUGGGGGGAGCCUCAUCAAUGAUCAGUGGGUCCUGACUGCUGCCCACUGCUUUCUUGAGCUUGGAAUUAAAAUCUGCCCCUCGGACUGGAAAGUGGUGCUGGGCCGUCUGAAACUGACAAGCAGGCAUGUGAAGGGGGUGGAAUGCAACAUCACCGACAUCAUCCCUCACAAGGACUACGUCAAUUUCGACAAAGGCAAUGACAUUGCUCUGGUGCGCCUCGCCAAGCCUGUGAGCUACAGCCUGGACAUCGCGCCCAUCUGCCUGCCUUACGCCAACCACCGCUUUGCCUUUGGGACGCAAUGUUGGCUGAGCGGCUGGGGAGACAUCGCCACAAAUGUUAGCUUGCCAAGACCCAUGACCCUUCAGGAAAUGACCAUGGACCUGCUGACCGCUGACACCUGCAAUUGCAUUUACAGUAACCUGCGGAACAGGAGAAUUGUCAGCCCAGCCCUGCCUGGCAUGAUCUGCGCCAUGACUCCUGACCGCAAGAGGGGUCCUUGCAAGGGUGAUUCAGGCGGCCCUCUGGUUUGCAUGGGGAAUGGGCACUGGUUCCAGGCAGGGAUUAUGAGUUUCUCCAUGGGCUGCAGCCAAUUCUAUGGCCCCACCAUCCUUACCGAGACCAGGUUCUAUGCCGACUGGAUCCAGCGCCACGUUGAAGGGGCCACCUUUGCCAAACAGAUCGGGCCUCGCCCCAAUACCACUGACAAGUACAUGUGCACGGGCUGUGGAGUGUUGAAACAGGACAGGCCUGGCAGAGGGGCAGAGGGUCCCUGGCCUUGGUAUGUGAGCCUGCAGCACAAGGGGCAGCACAUCUGCGGAGGCACCUUGAUUGGUGAGGACGUGAUUUUGACCGCUGCGCAGUGCUUCAUUGGGCGCCAGGAAACAGAGGACUGGGAGGUACUGCUGGGUGAACAGCAGGAAGAGGGUGAACAGACAUGGCAGGAGAAGAGGACCAUCCAGCAUAUCGAAAUUCAUGGCGCCUACGUCGAUGUGGUGGACGGUUAUGACAUUGCAAUGGCCAAGCUAGCUCGUCCUGUGGUGUUUAAUGACAGUAUCCGGGCCAUCUGUGCCCCAUACGCCAAUCACCAGUUCCCGUUUGGCUCUACCUGCUGGACUCGCGGACGGAGACUUGAUGGGCUCGGUAAGCUGAGUUCUCCAGGGGGUGUGGAAGUAAAAGUCCUUGGCCCUAAGAACUGUAACUGCCUCUACAACAUGACCAGCGAUGAGGGGAAGGAAAUCCCCAUCACCUCCGCAAUGAUGUGUGCCACACCCUAUCAAAGUAGCAUGCGCUGUGAGGAGAGCAUCGGUGACCCUCUGGUCUGCAACCAGAAUGGGACAUGGUUCUUGGCGGGCAUUUCCAGCUUUGGAAAGGGCUGUGGGACUGUGGUCCGUCCAGGUGUUUACACAGCAGUCAGUGACUAUCAGGAGUGGAUCAUGCAACUCUCCUGGUCUGCUUACUAUGAUGUACAAAAGCCUCCUAUACCGAUAGUCAGCGAUGACGACAAGUGCCUGGAUGUAUAUCUUCCAGAAGCCAGCCACAGGUAAUGAGAUGGACAAAGACAAAAGGAUGAAACUGGACAUGGAACAGACUUCAACAUGGAUGAAUGAAAAACUUUGUGGAAUAAUGCUUUCCCCCCCCCGCCCCCAUGCACACACUAUUCUGUCUCCUAACUCAAGAAAAGAAACAUCUGAGCAGUGUUGCUGGUUCCCAUUGUGCAGCUGAGUCUUGGGAGGUGUGCUGAUCAUAGCGACCAGACUGGUAUUUGUUGCGAUUUCAGAAGAAUUCAGAGGGUUCCAUUUGAGUUUGCAGUGCGGGGGGGAGGGGGGGGAGACACACUUGAAUGCCAGACUCUCCAAACAACACUAAGAGCCUUGACAUGCUGGGCAAAAUAGGGGAAAAUAUAGCAAGAAGUGAUUGAUCCUCAGGGCAUUUUCCCUCUGUCGUUUUAUAGACAGGAAAACUGAAUCAAAGAGGCCAAUCAGGUGCUCAACCACAAAGGUGGGCCUUCGAUAACCCCCCAUCUUUCAAUCUACCUCAUAGGUUGCUGUGAAGGACAAAAUGAGGUGGAUAUACAAUAGCCCUCAGAGCAAGGCCAGAAGCCCACGACUUCCACACCCAUCUGCUUGAGUGGGGAAAGAAAGACUCCCAGGGCCAGGCCUGAGAUCUUACCCAGGGCUGGAUCUAGUCAUAAACGUGGUGGGACUGAAAACCUAUUUAUGUAUGACGAAAUCCAGCUCAUAUUUUGCAAGCGUGGAUGUGUUUCCAGAAGUCACUUCAUAGUUGAUCCCAAACUAUGAAGUCGCAAUAGAACUUGCACAGUCCAUCAUUCCCUCUAACCUGUGGGUCGCUUGCUCUGUGCUGAAACACUGCUCUCUUCUAGGAAGUAAACUCUAAAAGAGGCAGGCGGAGGGGGGCAGUGCAUCACCUUUUACAUUGUUCUAGUAAUUAGGGUGUCCUACUCUAUUUAUUUAAAUUAUCCACACAUAUUGUGCGACACUGAUACCAAAUUUCAGAUUUCUAGGCCGUAUGUAAGUCGUACCACUGUUGGUCAUUCACAUGUAAGAUUAUAUAGAUUUUUUUUGUACAUCCUUCCAGGGGCCGAAAGUGGUGUUUUAGUAUCUUAGCAACCUUUUAAGAUAGGAAAGCUAAAAGACUGUGAAUGGUUAAUCAUAAAACUGACAUGGGUUUGUGUAUAUGUGCGUGUGAGUGUAUAUUUAUCCUAGUAUUUCAUUGUAUAAAUUAUUUGAACAGAACAUUUUCAAGAAAUCCACUGAUAAUUUCUGUGUCUGAGCAGAGAACAGACAUUUCUGUUCAUAAUGACAUGAAAGUUUCAACUCGAAGGUACCAGGCACAGAAACUUUUUACUGGUGGCACCGCAGUUAUGGAAUUCUCUCCUGGGGGAGAUCCAAGACUAGAUUUAGACAGUUGCUGAGAAUUAUUUUACUUUUGGAAGGCAUUUUCUUUUAUUUUACGGCCACUCUUGAACCUUUUUCAUCUGGUUUUAAUGUUGCUAUGUUUUUAUAUAUAUUUAUAUUUGAUCAGUCAGAAGUUGUAUGUUAUAUUUUGGGUUGUUCUUUGAAAAAUUGUGUGGGAAAGUGGAAUAUAAAUCAUUUUAAAUAUAUACAUAUAUA